UAUAUCUGGUGACAUUGAGAAUACGACGGAAAAGGAUAUAAGUCACGGAGUGCGAAUUGGUGGUGAUGGGAAAGUAAAUAAAGCAAAAGAAAAUUGGAUGCCUGUAGAAGCAGUUCGAUUUGUUCUAACAUUGCGCAAACUACCAGAGGAAGUCAUUGAAGAAAUUCAUUUUUUAACCGUCGUUGCCAAAUUUCGUCGUGAAAUAGCAUCAGGUGAAGCAGAUACAGGGAUUUUACUAAAAAGACUCUAUAGCAAAAAAAUGGAGGACCCACGUUGGAAGAAAGGUAUUAAGAGGAGAGUGAUUAUUUUAAAAGAGUUUGUAACGCCAAAUAUCUUGAAGAAGCAAGAGGAGCAAAUGAGUCUAAGUCUUUAUUAUCAUGCUACAGAGGUUGAGCUUGAAGUUGUUCUUUCUAAAGAGCAGGUACUUGACGAAUCCGACCAAUGUAUUGAAAACCUAUUUGACUUUGAAGGACUUGCUGCAGUAGAUAAUGAAAUAUCUAAAUCCAUCUUAAAAAAACAUAAGUUUGGUGAACUUUGGGGAUUAGGAAGAAAAGUGAUGGUUGACGCAAUUGAAGAUGAUAAUGAGGAAAAUUAUUGCGAACUUCUUAGAGUUUUUUUAUCGAUUCAAAAAAAGUCACAACAAAAUCAAAAGAUCAUCCCAAAUCUAAAAGAGUCAAAAGUUUCUUAG